AUGAAGUUUUCCUUGUCUGCUGUCUUCCUUACUCUUCUUGGAGCCACCUCUACGUUGGCUGCUCCAGCUUCAACAUCGUCUCUUGACAAACAAUUUGGUAUCGUGAGUAGUCACUCUGGUAACAUUCAUGUUCACCUACGCACAUUCGAAGUUGGUCAAUCUGGUCAUGUCUACUUGAGUACAUAUGACAAUUCUGACGGUAAUCCCUAUUUUAAUCUCAAAAAUGGAGAGCUGUUCCAUGAAAACAAGGCUGCUUCUAUUGACAAGGAUGGCGCCCUUGUUUUCGAAUCCUCUGGAUCUCCUGUCUUGAACAAUGAUUACCCUGUCGCAUGCCCUGUUCCCAAUACCAACGAUGUUUAUCAAAUCUACUACGGAAAGGGUAAUGGCAAUGCUGACUGCGUUGGUAUUUAUCCUUUGGCUGCCUUUCCUUAA